UCCAUUGCCAGCUGUUCAACUGAUCUUGACGCAGAGGUAUUGAAUGAUAUUUGUGUAUCAGUAGCAUCUGGUACAGAGGAUUACCGAAGAAAAAGGCAAUUUAACCCUUAUGAGGAAGCUAUUCUCAAUUGUGAGGAUGACAGGUACCACAUAUAUUGUAGUUAAUCUUCUAGUUACAUAUAGGAGUACUUUUUAAGGAUUGUCAAUUUGUAAUUAUUCGGUGGAAAAUCAUGAGUUUUCUGGAGUACUAAUAAACUAACCAAGCAUACUACAUACAGAGAGCGAGAGCUUAUCAUUUGGUGUUAGGUGCUCCCUAUUACUGAAGAUAGUAUACAGGUUUAUUAUUUUGUAUUUAACAUUGUCAAAUUUUGAAUUUCCAGAUUUGAGUUGGACAUGCUCAUAAAAAAUUUAGAAGCUGCAAUUGAGCGUGUACAUGAGUUACUGGAAAAGCAACAUGCUCAUUUCAGAAUUGAAGACCACCUGACAGCUAUGAAUUUAAGGUGCAUUGAGCUCAUUUAUGGAAAUUGCGGGCUUCGUAUAAUAGAUCUGCUGCUUGAAAAGCCAGAUCGUUGUUUACGAGUAAUUGUAAAACGUCUUCAACAGAAGCACGACGAAUGGGUCGAUUGUCGGACCAGAUUCAACAAAGGCUGGGAAGAUGUUUAUACAAAGUACUAUCAGAGAUCUCUUGACCACCAUAGCUCCCGCUUUAACCAAAGAGAUGCAAAAUGUUUGAGCCACUUGGAAAAUCUUAUGGAGGAUUGUUGUAUAUAA